AUGAUAUCAUCUAAUAUUAAUUUAUUAUUAUUAAUUUUUUCAAUAAUUCUUUAUAAUGUUACAUUUCAAUUACCAGAAAAAUUUUUUAAUAAUAGAAAAGUAAUUGAGUUACCAAUAAGUAAAUUUCCAGAACCUGAAUGUAUUUAUAAUGUAUUAGAAGGUACAAAAUUUGGAAAUAAGGUUAGCAGAGAAGUUAAUAUUGGAGAACCGUUAUAUCAUAAAUGGUCAUGCAAUUAUAAAAACCAUCAUAAUAACAUGUAUUGCAUAAUGGUUCAUAAUUGUACAGUGUCACAUUCAAAAGAUAAUUCAAAUAAUCAAAUUAUUCCAAUUAUAGAUGAAUUUGGAUGCUCAUAUUAUCCAUCUAUUAUACCUCAUAUAGAAUAUAUUGAUGAUCUUCAAGGAGGUCUACCAGUGAAUGCCUUUAAAGACCUCAUUGUACUCCAUUGUCACAAUAUAAAUCAAUUAACAAUAAAAUUAAAAGAUGAUGCAAGUUAUUAUUAUAGAUACAUAUCAAUUUAUAAAAAUUAUUAA